UUUGAUUGUCUGUGGUAGGAAUUUUCUCUCAUUAGCUCAGUAAAAUUUCGCUUGCCCUAAUUAUGUUUGAAUACUUUGAUUGAAACAGAAAAUACUAACACAUGACAUAUUAAUUUUAUUUGACACAUGGUGGCAAAGUUUUACAUUUUUAUAUUUGCUUUUAAACUGAUCUAACGCUAUGGCAAGUAAAAGAAGCAUGUCUGUUGAGCUAACCAAACCUCCCGUUCUUAAACAAAUUGUACAAAAUAGUUCUGUUGUAUACCGGAGACAUUCAGUGUUUUCUAGUGACUCCCGAUAUGUUGUUUCAAUGAUACGGAAGGGUGAGUACUCACUUUAGUUCUAAUAUUUUCAAUUCCUUGGUUAUUAUAUGAGACAAAAUAUGAUACAUAUCGAUGUUCUCUAUAAUUUUUUCUAGUCUCUGUGCACAAAUGUUUGGUAUUUUGCAAAGUUUUACAAUUUUUUAAAAAAAUGUGGACGCUGUGGGCACAAGCACAAGUGUGAACAUUACACAAGAAAACACAGAAAAUUUUGUAAACUCAUUAUUUGUUAACAAAACUAAUACUUGAAUAUAUAUAUUUAUUUGAUUUUGUAUUUUUUUCUAAAUGGAAUAAAUUAAAUUGCAUAAUGCAAAAUUCACUAGCUUUGGUAUCGUUUACUUUGUAUACUGGUUUUCAGUCUUCUGUUACGUAUUGCUCAUCUAAUGAACUAAAUCGUAAAAAAAGAUUAAAUUUGUAAAAGCAUAUACCGUCACGUGACAACAAUGACAUCUGUGACACCCUUCCUUUUCAUUGAAAAAACACACACAAAAAUAGAUUGGUAUAUUUCUAAAUUUAUUUUACACAGUAACAUAUCCAAGUCAAAUAAUCAUUAACAAAAUAAACAUCUUCACUGAUGCUACAGAUGUAAAGUAAUAAUUAAUGUUAAAGUUGUUCAUAGUGUAAUAAAAAUUUUUUUUUAUAUCAUUACUUAAUGCUGAAAAUAAUACUCUACGAUUUUUAAACACGUGAAAAUACAACAAUACUAUAGUUGUUUAUUGAGAUGUGCAGAGCAUGUAAAUUUAUUUGUGAAAAUUAAGCUAAACAAGGCACAAUGAGAUUAAUCAUACAAUGAAGUCUGUAUUUCUCCAUCAUGAAACUCAGUAUAGAAUAUUCUGUUCUAUAUUCUGAUUCUUUUGCCUGUACCCAUACUUUGGGUGCAUACAAUCUAAGUCAACCGCACCAUUACUUUGAUAGCUCUUAAUUCUCACAAUCAUGUCCAGAUGUACAUCACCCUGUUCUAUUUCUCUGCUUGAUUUUGGUUUUUUUAUGACAUUCAACAAGCUAAACCUCCCUUUUCAAAUUCUGCACUUGAUGCCAUAAAUAUCCCACCAAUGUCCUACAGUUUUGACAAAUUGGAAUAUUCUUCACUUUGAAAAGAUACUUGCACAAAUUCCAUAAAACUGUUUACUGAUUUUUUAUUUCAAUUUUCUCUCAGCAUAAAACUUGAAAUUACUGUAAUGAUUCCUAGUAGCUGGUUCUGGUAACGCAAGCAAAACUGAAUAUUUCUUACUCAAAGAAAUGACUUCAUCAUUGCAAAAUGCAAAAUCACAAUCUGAUUUCAGCUUUGUGACAACAAAAAUCCAUUUCCUGAAAUCUUCCAUUCAAAUGACAACACACACUUUCAAUAAAGCUUUUUAAAAAAAGGGUUUUGAAUCUAUUGUAACCUUCUUUGCCACCAAUAAUUUUAAUCUUCUCACUCCAGUUAGGAACUUCCCCAAGGUACUGAGAUUUGAUUUUGUCUAUCUUAGCAUGUGUCCUGUCAGUUGAAUCGUGUCAGUCCACAUGUUUGUUUCCUUUGUUUGUAAAGCCUUUACAUGGGGCUACCAACUCUUCAAGCACAUCAUUGAGAACUCCCAGUGCAAAAAUGAAUUUUGGGAUCAUACAAUUUUAUGUUUUGUGGCAGUACCUGUACUUUGUAGCCUACUUUGUAAUGGGAUCAUUUGAUGUUUGCAACUCUUUACUAUUGUUCUGAAUGAUUAUGUCAUAUUUUAUCAUAAUGCAGCAUUAUUACCUAUCAAAAUAGGUUUUGCAUGUAGACCUAUAACAGUUUAUUCCAAAUAAUAUGUUCUCGUAUUACAAAAGUGACCAGACAAUAUAUAUUGACUAAAAGUUGUUAACAAGUUUUGAUGCCCCCCCCCCCUCAAAAUGACUUAUUUAAAAAAAUAAUACACUCAAACUAUUUAUUUACCAGUGCUAAAUCUCCCUAGUUACCAGUGUUAAAACUCCCUAAUUACCAGUGCUAAUACAUUGGCACAAGAUAAAAUAAGAUUAUUUAUUGAUCCAAAUAAAUGAAAAUAUUUUUUUUUUAAUUACCAUUACAUUGUACAUAUUCAUUUUAAGCACAUAAAUAAAUAGAUCAUUUUAAGACAUUAUUUUACAAUUAUAACAAUGUAAACACAAGACAUGUAAAAUAUUUCUUUAGCAUAGAAAUUAGCCAUCAAUGAACUCCUUUAGUGACAAUAAUUUAGAGUUGCUAACCCCUGGGGGCAUGCUUUAAGGAUCAGGGAACAGUGGUGUAGUGAUCAUUGUGUGUAGCUUUGUCAGUUUGUAUGUUACAUUAUGUAAAUUAACCUGCAGGUUGAAAGGGAUGAAUUAUUUCUAUGUAUUUAUAUGUGUUAGGGGCUGUCCAUAAAGUAUGUCACACUAUUUUUGGAAAAAUUUUUAUCCCCUCCCUCCCCCUGUCACAAACCUUAGACCCCCAUCCCCACAAAGUAUGUCACACGUUCAAGUUCAACAUUUUGUUAAAAAAUUAGAAACUAAUUAAAACUUAAUCUAAAACACACUUCACUGUUUAAGAAAUUAAUAAAAGUGACGUCAUCUUCUGUCAGAAAUCAUCCAUCACAACAGAAAGUUCAACAUCACUAUCAAUUUAAGGUUUUACAAGUAUGAUAAAAAAGAAACGUAAAAAAGACAUGUGUGAUAUCACACAUUAUAAUAAUUAGACUCCACAAAUGACCUAGACUCACCACAAACUAACUAGACUCUCCAGAAAAAAACUAUACUCUUCAUAAAAGAACUAGACUCACCACAAACAAACUAGAUGCUCCACAAAUGAACUACACUUCACAAAGGAACUAGACUCUCCACAAAUAAACAUGAUUUUUUACACAUUCAACUUCAAGCUAAUAAAUAAUUUAAAGCCAUUUCAUCAUUACUGAUACUGAGACAGCUAUCAUAAAAUUUGCUUUUUAAAAAUACAUGCUUCACAAUAAACAUUGGCACUAUUAAAAUAUUUGGCUAUUCACUAUUGAUUUAUUUCAAUCACACCCAAAGACUUCACUACUUCAGUCCAUGUACUUUCUCCAAUAAUUUGGCCUACUCAGCUCUGACUUGUACUAUUGGCAGUUGUAGAAGUGUAGGCGACUGACUGUGGAGUGGUCACACUGGACUAUAGAAAGGAUUAUCCGGUAAUCAAUAACACACAUGUAAGAAUUUUAUAUUGACAACAUUGGCCUGUUAGCAAGUAUUGAUCAGUUAUUGACUUGAAUGUUGCCCAGUAACUUUCGAUCAGUUUAUUUAAGCCUAUCACUAUUUAGUAUGUGUGUAGCUUGUCUUUCUUGUGCCUGUUUAGUUGAUCAGCAAGAGAGGUUGUCUUUAGCUGACAACUUUUCAACAGUUAUUGAUAUUGCAAAACUUAUUCACUGCAACAAGUAUUUUGUAUUUUGAACAUGAGAAAUUGUUUUUUAAAAGUAUUGUGAAUCUUAAAAAGUGCUUUCUGAUAUAAUUGUUAUAUAUAUCAAAGGAUUAUAGAGUAUAAUUAAUACUAAUAGAGUAGAUGAUUAUACCUAAUUUUGUGAUUAGCCCCGUUGUAUGUUAAGUAAUAUUUUUUGCCUGAUGUUUUAAAUAACUGAUACCCUGUAUUAUUCAUGAUCUAAAAAGAUAGUUGGGUGUGUGUUUUGUCCUAAGGUGAGAGUAAAAAAUCAUAGGUUUGUCACAAACUUAAUUUAGAUCUUAUUUUUGAAGCAUCUCUCUGACUAACACCAAAGUUUCUUCUUCUUUUUUUAAAAAUAUAAUUAUACCUACAUAUAAUUCUUUUCUAAAAUAUAAUUUCGUCUUUUUUUGGAUCAAAAUUACUCAUUAUUCUCUCCAGCUUAUUCCACUUCUUGCCUUUUGUUCACAUUUUCCAUUGAGGUCCAUUCUCCAUAAUGUGUUCCAGGCAGAGGCUUCGUGUGGGCUCGGUAACCCCUGAAGCUGCAGGGCCCAAAGUUUAUGGAAAGUAUAAUAAAUUGCGCUGAAUAGUGGCAGGGGACAUCAAAAAGUCACAGAACGACUCUGUUUCCAUGGUUCUAUCUCUUUUGCCCAGUACAACAGAUAUUGACUAUAAAGUGUUUUUUUUGGUUAUCUAAAUUUAUGGCUGAUCCGUCCCUUACUUUUCUGUGUGGGGAGGGUUAAAAAAAACAACCAAAAUGGCCCCCUUAUCAUGUCAUAAUUACUUCUUAUUGGCACCUGUUGAUCCUAGAUAAUCAUAAUAACCUUACCUGUUUCCCUGCCUAUUAGAAUUUAUUUACUAUCAUUCAUUUAUAACUGAAGUUGUAUUGGAAAUAAGUGGGAUAUUAGAGAGUUAAACAGAGUUAUUAGUCUGGACACAAAAACUGAAGAAGUUUGUUUACAGAGUUUUAAAAAGAAAAAAAAUUCCUGUGGAAAAAAUGAGUUGAAAGUAUUUAAUUUAAACUUAUUUUUAGAAUAGGAAAACUUUAAACAUUUGGUAGACACUUUACUUUUUAACAAAUAUUUCUAUUAUUAUUAUUUUUUUAAAUAUUAAUAUAUGUACUAAGCUGUAUCUGACAAAGUAUGAUUAUUUUUACCCACUGUAUUAAAAUUUUUAUUUCAAGCUUUUUGUUGGUGUAGCCUGAGUAUUUUACUGUGUUCACUUCAGAAAUAUUUUGUCUGUUAAUGAUAAGGAAAGUCAUUGACUCUAUGAAUAAAAAGGAAAUUAAAACUACAUGUAUUAGAUAUCCAGCCAAAAUCAUUUAAAAAGUAAUGUCAGCUAAAGGAGUGACCCAGAAACAACAGCCAGUGGCCCCCACACCUGGGCGGGGAGCAAGGCGAAUGUCUAUUGUGGCAUCUGUCCGUAAGAGCUAAUUUUUCAGACUUCCAAAAAACUUUGUUACAAUCUGUAGACUCCACACCUUUCUGAUAAUCAUUUGUUUUCUUUAUAAACUUAUCUGGCCAACUCAUAAACUCAGACAUACAUCUGGCAUGAAAAUUAAAAGUUUUAUUAACUGCAUUUAGAUGGAUGCAGUAAAGAACUUUAUUUAUUUAUUAUUAUUUUAAAAUUUCGCUUGAAUUAUUAUUUUUUUUUCCACUUAUAUAAUUAUGCUUAUUAAAAUAUUCACAAAACAAAUGCUCCUUUACAUAAUCUUCAAAAAAAGUUGGGGUAGGUCAAUCUAAAUGAGUGACGUCUUAGAGGUGGGGGAGAAAUAAUAAUGCUGAUUGUAACAAAAAAUUGAUCAAUAUUUCCAGAACGUUUUAAAAAAGGAAAAACAGAUGGAACUCGUGAGGUAUCGACCACACCAUCACAUGAGCCGGAAGACAGGCUUGGAACCACCAAAAUUUGGAAUGAUGAGAUUGCAAAGUUUCAGAUAAAACAAGAUGACUUAGUCAAGGUACUAUAAAUUUUAUUGGAAAAGAAGGUUUAAAAAAAUAAAUAUUUUCUACACUUGCUUUAAUUUUCUAACUUAAUUCAAGUGCCCUAUGAAAAGAUGAUCUUCUAAUAUGUUCUGCUGACAAAGGGAAUAUAGUUUUUGAAGUCAAGUCUACUCACAGACAAAUAUUAAUUUUAUCAUGAGAAAAAUUUUAAUUUACCUGUUAAAAUAUAUAUAUUUUUUUUUGAAGGUUGUUUUUGUUAAUGGGUCAUCCAUAACUGAUGUCAUACAUCUAGUGUGAUUGGGGAUGGGGGGGUCACAAAUUCGCGAUUAUGUGUGAUGUUGAUGACUAUUUUUCUUUUUACAAAUUUGCAAUGUGGGGAUAGGCAUUAUGCCAAAAUAAUCUGCAACAACAGCAUGACAUCAGUUAUCAAUUAUUGUAAGUCAUAAUUUUAUAAAACCAAAAAUAAAAACUUGUAAAUUGUUUUAAAUAUUUAAAAAUGUAUUUCUAAAAAUUUUUCCAAAGAUCCAACCCCCACAUCCCCCUUCAGAAGAAAAGAAAAUGGGUAUCAAAAGAGUUCCUGUUAAAAAAGCCAAGAAAAUACCAGAGCAAGAAAAAAUGUAAAUAUUAAGUUUUAUUUCCGUUAUAAAUAUAUAUUAUGAUUUUUUUAAAACUGAAAAUACAUUGUUAACAAAAUUAAGUGUUGGCUUUGUAUUUUUAUUAUAGACACAAAGUAUUAUUUAUUUUUUUUGUUUUUUUUUUAAAUUUCAAUGUGUCUAUAAAAAAUUAUCAACAUAAAUAUAAGGAUUUUAAAAAAAAUGAUUGGAUAAGGUUAUAUUGAUGUUGCACAUCAAUUGCACCACUAUAAAUAUUCUUUUUCAUAUCUUAUCACCAUAUCAUUACACAUGACAGACUCAUUCUGAGCCAUGCAAGACUGUUAGUUAUAAUGUAUUCAGGUUUCCUUGUCCAUAAACUCUAAAAAUCUCCUCUACUCUCUUUCAGAGCCAGCCCACCAAAGCCUGAACAAAAUCAUCCAUCCAGUGUUAAAGACUAUGCAGGUGACAGUGGAGUUAAUAAUGAUAUUAUGAAUGUCUAGUUGUAAAACAAUUUAGUUUUCUUUUUUUUUUGCUCACACAAUAAGUGUGUCAUUUCAUAUAAUCCAAUGUAAAGCUUGUUUCACUUUUAACCUUCAAGAUCCCAAUUUUAAAUUUUCUGUCUAAAUCAAUUACAGGCUAUGCUGGGCCAAGAUACGAUGAGAAAGGAGACGUAAUACCUUACAGCAUUCUUGGGAAGUACGAGGAUUUUCACAAAGAAGCAGUUCAAAGGGGAGAUCUGCUUGAGGUAAAUCAUUCAAAUGGCUGUUUUCUGAUGAAUGUUUUUUAAUCAAAAUAUAAAUUGUUUUGUCUUAAACUGGAGAUUUCAAAUAUGCACUAUAUUCAAUAUUUAGCAUUCCUAUGACAAUAUGAAAUGUGAAUAUAACCAUAAUUGUAAACAUGGUCAUUAAAUAAGCAAUCGCUGUUUUGAAAACAAUCAACCUAAAUAAAACAUAGGUCUAUAUCCUCAUCAAUUAUUCGGGCAUCUGUCUGUCUUGAUAAAGCUGGAGGUGGCAACAAUAGUAGGACAAGGUAUGUGGAAACUUGAAUCAAAAGACGGGACAGUAAGACAAUAACAUUUCAGCUAAGAGCCUUCUUCAACAGACAUGACAAAUAAAAAUACCACAAUAAAUAGAAACUCGUUAAAAACUGAAGUGAUCGCCAUUGCAAUUGCCUGAAAUUGGAUUUUCUAAAACCAAGAUUACAGGAAGUGAAAGAAUUAAUGUAUCAUUACUGUGGAAAAAUAAGAUCUAAACAUACAAAAAUAUUUUGGAGACAUAUAAAAUAUAAGAAAGUACAAAAAAAAAUGGGAAAUUGAGAAUCAUUAGUAAGAUAAGAUUUAAUUAAUUUGGGGAUAUUGUGCUUAAAACCUGAAUUAAUUUAUUUUCCUUUCUAACCUUCUCUAGUGUAUUGGUACAGGAAAUCAGUGAUGUGAUAGAUAUAUCUAAUGUCACUUCAUGUUUAUUUCCAUUGAAAUGGGACCAGGGAAAGUUUACCCUGUUUAAUAUCAUGAAGGUUUUCAGUGAAUCUAUCUGAUAAUCUUCCACCAGUUUCACCUGUAUAACAGUGGAAGUGGUGAAUCCCCUAGGACCUGGAGGUGUGAUAUGUAGAGCAUGACCCAUUUCCCAGACACCAGAUCCUUUCUCACCAUAAAACUGGCAAACCCAUGUGAACAUCAGCUGCAUGAUCAAGCUAACUUGUAUUUAUAAACUAAUACACCACUAAGUAACGACGAAAUAAAAAAGUGAGCUAUUUAAUUUGUGUAUAAUUUGUUAAUAAACAUAGGAUUUACCAACCUCGAAAGAUGAAGAUAGAACAGACACUCCAUCAGUCAAGUAUGAAAAGAAGAAGCAGCCAAUCAGACUGAGCCAGGAUGAGAGCAAUGCCUUAAGGAACUGGAAUAUUAAAAUGAUGGAACGGAAGAGGCAACAAGGCUACAUCUCUAGUGAGUAUCUGAAGUUCUGUCCUACACUUUGAUGGACAGUGUCUUUUAUUUGUCAAUAUCAUUCAUUUGUUUUUGAGUUUUUGUAUAGUUUAACCUCAUUAAAUUAUUAUCUUUUGUCCCAGAUGUGUUAUUAAUGAGCCGUGCAUGUCUUUGCUCAUUUGGUAAGCAAAUGUUUUAUAAAAUCAGUUGUAAAUUAAAAAGGAUAAUUUUUGUCUAGAUCUUCUUCAGAAGCCUUUAGACCAGCUUGCCAUGAACCAGGCAGACAACUUCAGGGCGGUCCAGGAACAACGCUACCUCAUUGACAGGACAAUUCCAAAAGUUGACUAUGGCAAAGGCUGUAAGUCUGAUUGGUGUCACAGUCAGAUUACGUUGUGUGGUUUUUGUUGCUGUUUAUUUCUUUUAUAUUUGUUUAGGUUUGUGAGAGAGAGAGUAUUUUGUGUUGUUGUUAUCAUGAAUUUGAGUCCACCAUGCCUGACCGGUAAUUGGUUGAAGGGUGAAAAACAGGAAUAUAAAGUGUAUGUGAUUUUUUUUUAGUGAACAGAGGAAUAUUUUUGGAACAAUGUGGUGAGAGAAUGUUUUUGGAAUGAUGAUGAAUAAUAGUAGAUUAAUGUUGUUCUUUUACAUUUAACAGUUAUAUAUUAAUAGCAGAUUCAUUUAUUUAGAAUUCUUCUUACCUUGGAUUUAAGGUUUUGCUAUUCCCAGUGUUUAAAUUGGACAAUCUCUGGAUGAUAAACCCGGCUAAGAGGAUUAAAGUUUAAAUUGCAGAAAAUAUUGCAAUUAAAUAUGGUGUUAACAAACAUUUCAGAUCGUGUUGGUAGUGAGUUUUGGAAUCAACAAAGGCAGCUUGGAGACGAUCUGUUUGGAAUACAGUAAGUUAGCAUUGGAGAUGGUCACUUAAAGGUCACAUUCAGGCUAGAAAAAAUUCAAUUCAUUUAAAUAUCUACACAUUUGUAUGUAAACUUUUACUACUUAAAUACUUUUACUCUAAGCUUUCAGCUACAUUUGAAAAAAAAAUAAAAAGAAAAUUUUAUUAUGUGCCCCUAGCUAUCGAAUAAUAAUGUUAAAAUCAAUAAUAAAAAUGUCAUGAUUAACAAUUUUCAUUAAUAAAAAAUGUCACAUAUUUGAAUAUUUUAGCAUGUCCUUGACACAAACUCAGAAAGGUUAUCCCCCUCCUGUGGAGCAUGUUGGACUUCCUACAUUAAUCAAAGAAGAAAAAGGUGAACUGUUAUAUCAUUAAAGCAACAUAUUUCAAUCAAAAUUGUCCUUUUUAAUCCAUAAUAUUUAUUAUCAUUCCUUGAUAACGGUGUUUUCACAAUGAGCUUGACUUUGUUGUAUAUUUAUUUAUUUGGGGUUCUAUACAAGAGAAUAUACUGCAUUAACAUUGUCAGCUGGUGCACUUGUGUGCGUGUCUAUUAAUAAAAUUCAAACUGGCAGGUUGUGAGUGGAUUGGUAAAGGAAAUGCUCACGUCAACUAUCCCUGGCACAAGUCUGACUUCCUCAACCAGAGAUUGAAACAGCUGCAGCCUUACAUAGAGGAAAUGGAUCCAUGGAAACCAGUGAGUCUCAGCAGGGCAGGUGUCACGCGACAGUAUGACUGGUGUCCUCUUUCAUGUGUUGGGUGUCUUGUCAUAUGUCAGUUUGACCGGUGCCUUGUCAUCAUGUGUCGGUUUGACAGGUGUCUUGUUUUGACAUAUCAGUUUGAUUGGUGCCUUGUCAUGUGUCAGUUUGACUGGUGUCUUGUUGUGUCAGUUUGACAGCUGUCUUGUUGUCAUGUGUCAGUUUGACUGGUGUCUUGUAAUGUGCCAGUAUGAGAAAGUGUCUUGUUUUGACAUUCAGUUUGACAGUUGACUUGCUGUCUUGUGUCAGUUGUGUCUUGUGAAUGAUUUAGGAUAUGUAAGCACUGAGAAAUUCUGUGUCAGUAAGCUUGAUAUGUGUUGUAAUUAUAUGGAUGUUCACUAAUGUUCAUGGAAACUUACAAAAUUAAGUACAUUUCAGUCAGUUACCUUCUUCUUCUUCUAUUUGAGGGGCCCACGAUCAAUGUAUUGAUCAUUCUGGCUCCUGGUUUAAAUUCAGUGUUUGCCUUCUCUUAGAUGGGUUGCCGCCCAGGGCUUACGAGUCCCAUCCACCCGGGGUGCUUGGGAUGUUGGCUUUGGUGGGGAUUGAACUCCAGACCACCAACUAUUUGGUUAGAGACAGUUUAGACCGCUCGGCCACCCAGCAAUUUAUGGUUCCAGUGGAACUUCUUAGACUUUCGUUUAUAAUAAUUUAAGCACAGUCUCAACACUAAUUUGUGAGCUUGAUCUAAAGCUGUUGAUGUCAGUGAUAUCUAUUUUGAAAUAAAACUGCUCACAAUGUUCCAGGAUUUUGACAAUUUGCAAGUCAUUGGUACAAAUAAAACUGAAGAAAAAUCUGAUGAGAAAGACAGGAAAAAAGAAGAGGAGGAAUUUGAUGCUUAUUUGGAUGGAUUUGGGGUUGACCUUGGCGAUAACCAGAUGGGAUUGGAAGGAGAUGGGAGAACCAAUAAAGAGUAAGAAAUGUGAACUGUAACUUCAAUUAGUAAACUAUUAGUUUCUUGCUUAGUUGUGUAUGUGAUAUGACUUACAUCAAUGAACAAAGUUUGAAAAACAUGGAUUUUUUUGUUUUUUUUGUGUAAAACAGUAUCAACUGGAAAGCAUGUAGCAGGUAUUAAUGUACUUAAAUUAUGAGGAACAAGUAAAGAUUUUGGGAUAUCUUUGUGACAGCCGUGCUACAAUACCAAAAUUUGUAAAAUAAAUGGGACUAAUCAUAAAUUACAUCAGUAACACUUAUUUCUAGAGCUGUUGCUAUUCACAACUCGUUCUUGAUCAAAAAUAUUUUAAAACAUUUUCAUGCACAUUUUAUGUGCCUUGUUUUUCCGCUUGCUCAUUUUCUGAAAUAAUUUUUAAAUUAUUAAGUCAUUUUUACAAAAUUUACUUAAAGAAUUUAAUUUUUAUAAAUUAAAGUUUCACCCUACAUUUGUUUUGUAAAAAAUAAUUAAUCUUACUUGUAUCUUUUUUUCAGGGGUUCUGGUAGUCCCAUCAUGCAAGAGCCAAUUAAUGAGCCCAUUUUCGGUCCAGCUAUGUUGUUUGGUGGGCAGCAAGCAAGGUGGACAGGAGAUGGUUUCUCUCACAAAAAUCAAGUAGGAAUUUGCUGCAUGAAAAUGCAACAGUCAUGCUGUCAACUUUUGUUUAGCGAGUAAUAAUACCAGCAAUGACAUUAAACUGUUUCACUGUGUUAGCUAGUUACAACUUAAUAGACUUAUCCGUAAUAUUAUUUAUGAUGGCUUUUGAAAGAUUUGAGAAAUCACUUUUUUUUAAUGUUCCCAUUCAUCAGACAAGUGUUUAAACUAUAUAAAUGAGUUAUAUCACAUAUUAGAGCUGGUUACAAUCUUUACUUGCCUUUGCACGCCAACAGGGCUGGUCUUUAUCUUCUUUGAAUCCUCAAAAUAACAAAAGAUUUGAUGUAAUACAAAUAAACAGUAGCAAAGUCCAAGUAAAUCUUCCAAGGUGACUUAAUUUAGAGUGUAUCAUUACAAAAAUAAACAAAACAAUGUUCACUCUUACAGGUUGCCAUGGAGUCCAGAGUUACCUUUGAAGCUUUCACUGGGGACAGGAUAACCUCUCAUCUCCAGUUUGUCAACAAUGGGACAACAGCUAUUUACUUUGACUGGAAGGUUUGUGCUAUACUUUUAAACAUCUGUCAAGCUAAACUCAAGCAACAUAUUUAUUUAUUAAUGUUGAUACUUAUCAUGUUUAAGAUUAGUUGCGCUUCUUUUAGGUAUAUGGUCAAAUUGUUUUUAACAAAAAUGUAACUACUCAAUGAGACACUGAUCCAUGUAGCAAGUUGUCCAUUUUUUUGGGGGCGUUUAUUCAAUACCAUUGCCAAUUGAUAUAAUAAUACACUAUGUGGUCGGAGUAGUAUUGUUAUUAAGCGAAGCACAAUGAGUUUAGUAGUAACCUUAUGUGUUAUGUCAAACAGCGACUUCAAGCCAAGCAGUUUCAAUUAAUGCCUUUCUAUUUUUCUAUUGUUACUGGUCACAUUAGAAAGUUGGCAAAGAUAAUCCAUUUGAGGUUGUAAAGAACGAUGUGCAGAGAUUUUACUUCAAUAGUGCCCCAGGUGAGAAAAUUCUUUCUUUAGUAAUCCCUCUUCUUUAAAAUCAUUUAGGCCUAUCUGUAAACAUUAAAUAACAAAUUAGACUUGGUUACAUAAAUACAUCAUCACCAAAAAAAAACAUAUUUAAAAAAUGAAAAGCCACUGAUAUUUUUACUUUUCCUGUUUAAAUGUAAAUAAUUUCUGUGCUGUAUCUCUGAUCUCAGGUGUCAUCCUGCCUGGCGAGACAAUCAAAUUUCCUUAUGUUUUCAAAUCUCCCACACCUGGGGUCUACACAGAGCAAUGGAAGAUGGGUGAGUUAUUGGCUAGCUCUUCUUUUAAGUGCCAUCUAACUUUCAAGUGAGACCAGUUUUAAUUUGUCUCAAUCUUUUUAUUUUACCUCAGUCGAUUGUUUUGUUCCCAAGUCUGUAUGAAUUUACCAGCAUGUUCCCCCAGUGGUUACCAAAUCUAAAUGACCACUACUUAAGUCAAUAGUGUUGCUUACAGAGUUCACUGAUUGGCUGAUCUCAACACUAGAGAAAUAAUUUUGUUUAAAUUGUUAUAAUUGUAAAAUCUUGUCCAUGUUAAUAUAUGUAUUUAUUUAUGUGCUGAAAAUGAUUGUGUACAAUGUAAGAAAAAAACAUUUCCAUUUAUUUGGAUCAGUAAAAGAAUCUUAUCUUAACAUAUCUUACAAUAAAUAAAUACAUUAACAUUAAAACAGAUAGUUAUAAUAUAACAGAUAGUUUUCUAGGGACCUAUUAGACCUUUCAUGUUUGUUUUGGUUAAGAUAUCAUAUUUUUUGGGGGUUAAAUUCUCCUAUAAUUUAUUUCCCAGAGACGCGUCCAAUUCUGUGUGGAGGCGCUGCCCUGCUUGUAACCUUAAGGGGAGUUGCAGUGCAAGAGGAUAAAUUUAAACAGCAGAGGGAAAAGUUGGAGGUAUUUUAUCUUAAAACCUUUUGAGCAAUUUUAUGACACAGAUGUUUAUAACAAUACGUAUGUAAAAUACAUGUAAAUUAAAGGGUUAAUUUUCAUUACAUACAUAUUGUUGUUUUCUUACUCUGAGUGGUUUUUAAAAACAUGAAAAGAUAAUUUGAAAGUUAUUUUUUUCAUACAAGUUUAUCAUAAUUAUUUUGUUUUUAGGAACAUUUUUAAAUCUUGACUGUACGCCAAUAUACUUCAGGUAAAUAAAAGAAUUAAUCAGAUGAAAUACACCAAGAGUGUGUAAAUAUUUUUUUGUAAUAUUGAUUUACAGAAAGAUCUUGCUGAGAGGCAAUCCAAACAGAUUGUAUCAGAACUUCUGCUUGAUCUCGUCAAAGGCAUUAGAACUCCGGAGCGCUCAAGAUCACCAAUCGAUGCCUACAUCACAGAAGAAGAAAUAUUUAAUCGCAAUAACCCACAGGUAGAUAGAUAUUUUCUAAGAAAUUUCCAGAUUAUAUGGUUGUAUUAUAAUAUAACAGGUAGAUAACUUUCAUUCCAUAGCAAACAAAGAAACCCCAAAAAAUGUAACUCCUUUUAAAUAGUGCGUUGAGUUAUUUGUUCCACGUCCAUUCAACAGUUUCAAUUUGCCCAUGAACUCGUCUCUCAACUCAAAGAUUUGCAUGGACAACUUUUUGAUGAGAAUGAAAGAGUUGAGAAUGUUUGGAGCUUGAGUAUUGAGGACCUACAUGAGGUCAGUAUUAUUUAUUUCAACAAAGAUAGUUAUUUACUCCAAUUUGUUAUGUGUAUAAUUUUUAUUUAAAAAAAAAGAAAUGUUUUUAAACAGUUCAGUAACCACCAUGAAAUUAUGAGGUGACUGUCAAUCAUUAUACUUAUAAGCACUCAGUACCACAGCCAGGGUUAGAAAUUGUGACAUUCAGUAGAAGAUUUACAGUAUUGUUUCAAAUUAUCCAAACAGUUGUCUAACUUUUUUUUGGGCAGAAUAAUAGAUAAACUGUGAGACAUACAGAUUUUUAAUUAUCAGCCAAGUUCACUAAUCUAAGCCACAAUAAUAAUAAUGGGGGAUUUCUGUUUUUCUCAAAGAACCUUUUAUUUACUUGACAGUGGAUGUAUUGUGCUUUCAAUGAACAGUUCAUUUUUAUGUGAUAGCAUUAGAUAGUUCUGUCACCAUCAAGUAGGGUGGGCCUGCAUUAUCUUUAAAGAAUUUUGAACUGGAAAAUCCAAUGUGAAAUGCACAACAAUAUAUUCAUUAAAACUUUAGAUGAUCCGAUUGUAACUAAUGUUUUAAUAAUGUCAGUGGAAGAUAACAGCAUUUUCCUCAAUGAAAUCAUGAAAAAAAUAACUAUCUGUACAAACUUUCUUGUUAUCUCCCAUAGAGCAUUAUGGAGUUGGAAGAUGAUGACAAGAGGGAUAACUUAUUGCAGCAGAUGAAUACAAUAGUUGCUAAACUGACCUGCAUUCCUCCAAAACUCCUGCCCCAACAGAUGUAUUGCAAGGGGUAAAUUCACAAUAUAUCAUAACAUCUCAUUAACUGAUUGUUUUAAUCCAGUCACACCCUUAUAUAUAAUAUAUAUAUAUAUAUAUACAUAUAUAUAUAUAUAUAUAUAUGUGUGUGUGUGUAAUACUUAGUGAUUUAAAAAAAGAAAGAAAAAAAAGUUAAAAUAUUUUUUUGGCCACAUCCUGGCUGAAAUUGAGACAAUGGAAAUAAAACUAUUUAAGCUUAAAAAAGUACAAUAAUUCUUUGUCAUUACACUUGUUACAUCUCAACCUAAUUUAUCAUUGUUUACCAAUCAUUCAACCUCACAGUUAUCAACUUUUCUUGGAAGCAAUUGACUGCAUCGUUGGGGAGUCCUUCCUUAUUAGGCACACCAUGGGCUUGCCAGUGAGGGACCAAGAUGACUUUGACAAGGAUGCAAGUAAGUACAAGCAAGAAAUAAAUUAAUAUAUAAACCCAUAUUCAUGUAUACAAUAGAGAAAUCAAAUUUUGAAUGAGGCCAGAUAACAGGUACAUAGAGCAGCUAAAUAGUUUGGAUAAGUCCACUCCUGCCCUGAAAAAAAAUUUGGUAUUUGGACUUUUUUUUACUUUAAAGUGCUAUUUCCAUAAUAUGGAUUAAUUUGUAAGAUACCUAUAUAUUCACAAAGGGUUCUAAUAUUUUAAAGGAGUUUUAAUAAAAUCAAAGUUUAAAUUUCCAAAUUAAUGUCUAAUAUUUUAGUACCAGUAGUGCAUUUUUGUCAUUAAAUUAGUUGUAAAAAUGCUUGACUUGUGAUUCACGAAAAAUUCAGCAUCAUGAGCAGAAUAUUUUUCAUUACAAAGUAAUUGGCAAGCAAGGUGAAAAUAAUACAGACCUAAUUCAUGAAGAUAUUGUGAUGCCACCUGCUGGUAAAGAUGAGAUAACUAGCUCAGAAAUAGACUAUUUUAAUAUAAUGAAAUAACCCUUUUUUCAGUUUAAUUUGUUGUCCCAUUCUCUUGUAUAACAAUUUAUAACAUAGAUUUUAUAUUGAGAUUAAAAUAACAGUCUUCCUUUUUAGCAGAUAACUUUUUUAUGUAGUGAUAAUUAGACUAAUUUUAAUGCAGCCUUUUCAAUACAUUUAACAUUGAGAUAAACUUUACCUUAAUUUAGCAUCAUUUUAAGCCAAAUUUCAUCCACAGCCUUAGUUUAUAAAUCAUCUAAUAAAUUGAAUUUUCAUUUACUAACAUUCAAGAUAUGGUUUUAACAACUAUACUGUUAUCUUGUUCAUAAUAUUCAUAUUUAUUUAUAGAAAAAAAAUAGGCUUGUAGAAAUUGCAGAAACUCUAAUAACUAAUAACAUUUAAAAAUUAAUGUGUAUCUUUUAAACAGAAAGGCUAAGACCCUGUAAGUUUUGAGUUUAAAUAUUCAAACAUAAUUUUAAUAAUGAUUUGGUUUUUUAACAAAAAAAUAUGAUAUCUCUGUGGUGAACCAAUUGUGUUUUUCUUAAAUAAUUGUUAUUAAUGACAUAUUAUAUAUAUAUAUUAAGAAAGCAUAAUGUACCCCAUUUUUCUUUUCAGUAUGCUUAUUUACUGGUCUAAUUACUAAACUAUUAUUUUAUCACAUAUGUGUUGUGUUCCUUGAACAAUUCAUCAAGCAAAUAACAAAACAAGAGGCAACAUGACUUUAAUUUUUACUGUUGUUUGGCAUGCACAUGUGUGGUUUUUUAUUCCCUACCCUCUAUUGCUCUUCUUCUACCUCAUUGCUACCAAGGGAGACCAUCUGUUUCCCCCUUGCUCUUCUUCUACCUCAUUGCUACCAAGGCAGACCAUCUGUUUCCCCCUUGCUCUUCUUCUACCUCAUUGCUACCAAGACAGACCAUCUGUUUCCCCCUUGCUCUUCUUCUACCUCAUUGCUACCAAGGCAGACCAUCUGUUUCCCCCUUGCUCUUCUUCUACCUCAUUGCUACCAAGGGAGACCAUCUGUUUCCCCCAGAGGUUUCUCAAUUCACCAUACAGUUUUUAAUGGAGGGUUUUCGUUUGAUGCCAGGAUUGCCUUGGAGUUGACUUGCACUUGCAGCAAAAGUUAUGUUUAUUUUCUCCAAUGACACAUUCAUAUCUUUCGUACAGAUAUAUAAGCGAUAGUGAAAACAGUUGCACCCCCAGUCUUCAUUCUUUGACUGUCCUGUUUUUUUUUGGUACACUUUUUUCCAAACAUUGUGUUAUCCUUUGUUCUCUGUUUAUUGACAUCAAAAACAGUUAAAAAUUUCAAUGUGUUUUAUAAUUCAAACUCUUUUGAGGUUGAUAACAAAACAUAAGAAAAAAAAACUUACAAAAUACAUUCUGUUUGUAAUGAUCUCAAGAUUGUCCCUCGGUAACUCCUUUCAGCUAGUUACCGCACAAGGGAGGUAAAUUAGAAUUCACUUAUUGUUGCCCUUACUUCCAAUUCAACUAUUUUUUAAAAAGUUAUUUUCAUUUUCUUGAAUUCUUUGUUGUAAGGAGUAGUGGGGUUAUAUCACAUGAAAAGUUAAUUAUGAAAUUGCAUUGCAUUAUUGUUUGAAGUAUAAAAAUUACCUGUUACAAUUUUAAAAUUAUUUUUACGUGGUAUUAUGUGAGAUGCAUUUUUUGGGAAAUGAAAAUCUUCAAUAUGAAUAUGAAUACAUCCCAACUAAUUAUGUUGCUAUAGUUUUAAUAUGUGUUGGGCUUAAAUUUAAUUUGCUCUUUUAACAUUACAGUCAAUGAUGUAAAAGUUGACUUGGGUGAAAAGUAUGUUUCAUCUUAAAACAAACAUUUUAAAUUUCAGUAACAUUUUUUGCAAAUCUCUAACCAUGAAAUUGACGCUAGUUAAAAUUGAUUUUUUUAUUUCAUUUACCUUCAUUAAUAAUGAAUUUUGUUUCUUAAAAUGUUGAUGUAAUGAACACACAUAAAAUAAAUUUGAUGGUGUAAGUCAAUAAUGUAAAACCAAAGUGAAUUUAAAUAGAAUUACCAUAAAAAUUUACAAAUAUAUUUCCAGUACUGACGAUGCUCAGGAGGAAAUUUUUUAAGGGAAAUUGUCCUUUCAUAUUUGAAAUCAUUUGGAAUAAUUUAAUGUGUUGUUUUUUUAAUUGAAAAGCAAAAAUAAGACAAACUAUAUAAAAUAAUUUUUUUAAAUAUCAUGUCAAGUUACGAAUGAGUAAUGUUUAACUUUCUUUAAUUUCAAUGUUUAUUAGUACAGUCAUCAUAUUUUAUCAGGUAGUAUGGUAAUAAACAAAAUUUUGGGAAGAUGUUUGAAAUAAAUUUGAAUCUUUUUUUUUUUUUAAUGAAAGAUGACAAUCGAAGAGGAAACAAAAGUAGAGGUGACACUGGGAAGGGUGCUCAAGGGAAAGCACCUGCUAAAUCUGAUGGCAAAGUUUCUAAAACACCUGUAAGUGGAGCAAAAGGAGUCAGUGUGUUCUUUUAUUAGGAAAUGUACAUCUACCUUUACAUGCUAUCUUUUAUUGUGUCUUUUAAUGAUAAGAUUACAUUCCUUUUAUUGAAAUGGCAUAAUUGGAAAGUUGCUAGUUUUUUGGGCAGAAAAACAAUUUGCAUUAUUAAGUUACAAGAAUGAGAUCAUAACUGCUUUAAUUAAACAAUUGGUCGGAGUAUCAUCUUAAUUUCCUGGCAACUUAUUGGUUAAGCAAAUGCAAGAUGUCUUAGCUUUGGUAAUUAAUCUUCAUUUCCUUGAUAGCAUAUAUAUAUAUAUAUAUAUAUAAAUAUAUAAAUAUAUAUAUAUAGAGAGACACUUAAAAAAUUAUUCGAUUUUUUUCAUAAAAUUAUUUUCAAAGUCCUAACAAUGGUAAUUAAUCUUCAUUUCCUUGAUAGCAUAUAUAUAUAUAUAUAUAUAUAAAUAUAUAAAUAUAUAUAUAUAGAGAGACACUUAAAAACUUAUUCGAUUUUUUUCAUCAAAUUAUUUUCAAAGUCCUAACAAUCAAUCUCUUAUAUGAUUGUUAUGAAGACAUUUGCACCCAUCAAUUUUGUUUUUGCAGACAAUCUGAAAGAAGGUGGUAAUGAGAAUUCGUUAUUUUUGAAUAAAAUUAAAUGUUCUGUUCAGCACGGUGCCAUUUGUUAUCUCAAAUCAUUACACAAGAUUCAAUUUAAGGUUCUGCUAGUUGAAUUCUUAAAAAUUCAAUUGUAUUUUCAUUAUGGCAUACUUCAGACAGGUAAACCAGAUCCUAAAGGAAAAAUUCCACCAUCUCCUGCUCCACCUCCUCCUAAGAAAGCAACAACACCAGUCAAAAUCACUCCACCGCCACCAUCAGGAGGUCAAGCUGAAGUCAGUGCAGACCAAGUCCCAGAGCAGCCUAGCACAGACAGUACAGUUGAUGUGAUCGUUGUAGACCCAGAGAUUGCUGCUGCUGAGCAGUUAUAUAAGGACACAUUCACUAUACAGGUUAGUUAUGCCCCUACAGGUUGGUUGCGUCUCUACAGGCUGGCUGUUUAUGUCUGUCUGCACUGGUUUGUUGUGUAUGUCUUAACAGGUUUGUUAUCUCUUCAUUAUAUAGGACACCUAAAUGGUCCUUUAUAUAAUAAUAUCAGUUUAUACAUUUAAUAAAAAUGAAAUAAUUGCACAAAAUUAAUGCCAUAAUUAAUUUGUAUAGGAAAGUGACUUAUUUGCCUCUCUUUUUUAUUCCCUCCUAGGUUUACAACAUUCUGGGUGAAUUGGCGGACAAUAUGGAUUUGAUAUUCACAGCCUUGUUAAAUGAAUGACAACCAGAGCAGCCCACACCUUCAGUUUAAAAGAUGUAUUAAAUUGGAUUAUUAGCUUUUCUGCGUUUUGAUGUACAAAUAUUAAAUUAUUAAUUUGAUACCUAUAGUCAUUGCUCCAGUUUCUAAAUUUAAGUAACUUAUUGAUUUAAAAUAAAAUGCAGUUAAUGUAACUUGCCCAAUUAGAUUUGAUAAGAAUUAUGCAAAAGUUUGUAACUGUUUUUGUCACUUCAUAUAAAUCUAAUAAAUUCUGAAAUAUAUAAGGAAUUUAUUCUUCAAACAUUUAUGGUUCAAACAUAUUUUUUUUAAAUUUGCACCAACUUGUGAUAAAUGUAUAGUUGAAAAAGAACUGAGUGAUUUCUUGAUAUAUGCUGAACAUUACAUGACUUUACAUUGAUCAAACAAAUCAAGUAGUUUGAAAUGCUUAUUUGAUGUUUCUUCUUUGCUGUCAUUGAAUUUUUUUUUUUCUUCUUUGACAUAAAGCUUCAAUUUCUGUUGUCACUAAACACAGUGAAAGGUUUUGGUAUUUAUUAUACAGAUCAUUCAACAUGGACUUCGGGCAUAACUUGUCACAUCAUUGCAUAAACAACUCUUGAAGGGUAAAAAAUUAAGCUAACUAUGGGCACAAGGCAACAAAGAACAAUUCAAUUGUUUUUUUUUGGACAUCAUUUUAUUCAUUUUUCUUUCAGUGACUAAUUCUAAUGUAAUAAAAAAAAAAAAAAAAAAAAAAAAAUUUGAAGGGUAAAAAAUUAAGCUAACUUUGGGCACAAGGCAACAAAGAACAAUUUAAUUUUUUUUUUUUUGACAUCAUUUUAUUUAUUUUUCUUUCAGUGACUAAUUCUAAUGUAAUAAAAAAAAAAAAAAAAAGACACAAAAAGCUUUAUAUAUAGUGUAUGUGG